ACCGACGAGACGCAUUAAGCACCAACGCUGCUUGCUAUAGAAGACAAAAAUUCAGUAAGCCAAAUCAUUCAAUGACUCCUACAAUCACUUACUAAGGAGAAGCACAACUAAUCUACCAAAAAAAACCACCUGCAAUAAAAUUGCAGAUAGAUGGUACAAAUGAAAUAAAGAGAAAAACCUACAAACAUCAAAACACAUUCGCGAAUGUAAAUGCCAAACAACAAAUAAAUCACAUCGUCGUCUUUUAGGUAUUGUUUGGAUUGGAGGUGUCGGACGGAGAGGGAGGGGAAGGGAUGGGGACGGAUGGCAAGGGAGGGGGAGCCCCCCUUCCUCCUGUUUGGGUUUCCAAAGAAGCAGAGGGAGAGGGAGAUGAACUGAUUUGGACUCCCUCCAACCACCCUCAAAUCUGCGGAUUUACAAUCAACCCGAUUUGGGGAUUUGAGAGGGAUUUGAGUGACCGUUUAAAUUAGAUUAAAUGUAAUUACAAAAUUAACCUUAAUUUUUUUAUUAUAUCAUUUUUCAUUACAAGUUUAAAGUAUAAAUUUAUAAAUUUAAAAUUAAUUU